AUGUACGAUUUUGUGUCCUCUAAGGAGCAGCCAGUGUUUACCUGCCAAGCUCAUGUUUUUACAAUCAAUCCUUCUACUCGUCGUUCCUGGGUGCAAGCGAGUUCGAAGGCCAUUGAUAUUAAUAUUUUCUACGAUUUCACUAAACAGUGCUAUCGCAUUGUUAGCGUUGAGGAUGGUCCCACUGGUAUCAAGGCAUUAUCCCAAUUUCAGGUUGUCAUUAACAGCACAAUUACAUCGAAAAUGGUGUUCAAACAAACUUCUCAAAAAUUUGGCCAAUGGGCAGACCCGAAAUCAUCUGGUGUCUUUGGUCUUGGUUUUGAUUCGGAAAUGGAUCUCAAUAAGUUUGUUGCCCAAUUCCGGCAAUGCGUGGAAGCUACAAAGCAGACAAACGGAGAAUCCACUAUCCAGGGUGUAGUAAAACAAUUGCCUUAG